GAGCCGCCGAUGAAUGACGUCGCGUCGGUUUGGUCGCUAAUAUUGAUAAGAAUAAUAAUACGCGAGAGACAAUUAAUCAAAACAGAAUAACUCGCGAAAAAAAGAACAAAAUAAAAACGCAAAUGUUGAUUAUGAUAAAGAAUAUUAUUUGAACUAAAAACAGCAGCAACAAUAAGAAAUAACAAAACAUAUUAAUAAAUUUCAACGAAACGGAAGACCGCAGAGAAACAACGACGAACAAAAAAAAAUAACAAUAAUAAUAAAGAUAUUCAAAGGAAAAACAGAACAAAAACAAGCAAAGCAUAAAAAGUUUCAAUUUCUAUGGAAUAAAUAAAUAAAGAAAGAAAGAAAACGGAAAUACCAAAGCCAAUGAGCAAACAGACAAAUCCAUCAACUAAGCAAAACGCAAAGAGAACGAGAGCGCGAGAGAAUUGUAACAAACAUAAGGGCAUAUUUACAAGUGUAAAGAGCCAAGAAACCUAGACAAAAACAAGAAAUCUCAAGAAGAGUGAUAAAGAGAGAAAAAAGAAACGUAAACAGAACGAACAGCAACAAUAAUCAACAACAACAGACGGAAGUAAGUUGACUCGACUCGAGCAACACAGAGUUGCAAAGGCGGCAGCAACACAUGCAUCGGGUAUCAACAACAACAGCAGCAGCAGCACACCCGACAGCUUGACAACACCACUCUCCAGUUUGUUUUUUGCACUCGCCUCCAUUACUCAGGUCUUGUUGCUGGCAAUGUAAAGUGCAAGGGAGUGUUUGACACAGCCACAAAAAAAAGGAAGCAACUUAAUUUUUAUUUUUGUUAUUGUUGUUCUUGUCAUCGGUUGUGACGACUGAGAAAGAAACUGCAUUCACUCUCUCUCGCCUAUCGCAAUAAUCUAUCAAUAAAAUUGCCGAGUAAACAAAACAAACAAACAAACAUUCAAAAUAUUGCAAAACCGGCUGGCAGUCAGUUGAUUUUUAUUUUGGCGAAUCAAACGAAACGAAUCUAAGCCGGAACUUUUGAGCGCCCAAAACAACAGCAACUACAAAGAAACGCAAAGGGGAUAAAAAGAAAAACAACAACGACUAACCUUUGCUGGUAGCAGUGAGGAACACAACAGAGAAUUCACGACAUUCAUUUGUUACAAAGAAAGGUAGGCGAUUUCGUUUUCUCCUCUCCCCCGCACCCAGUCAACCAACUUACUUGACUUUUGCCAGUGAGUGACUUUCUUGCCUACUACUGUUGUUAAUAUUUACGAGGAACAAUACAGUUCGCCCGCUCUCCCUCUCUCCUGCUCCAUUGCAUUGCACUGCAAUUGGGGAAUAGAUUGGCUUGUGUUGUAAAAGCGUGCGACUGAGUCUGGUGUUCUUUGGCGUAAUAUAUCCGCUUCCGCAUUGUGAGUUUGCUUGGCUUCAUUCUGACAAAAAAGAAAAAAGAAAGAAAUAAAAACAAAAACGAAGAAACAGUAAAAGCAAAAGCAUAGAAAACAAAACAAGAGCACUCGUCGACAUAUUUUCCGCACACAAACACACAAUCGCCUGCACCCUCUGCACGAAAAGUCAGCUGAAAAUCAGGAAUCAUUACCAACAGUUCAGCCAAUCUUUAUUGCGAAAAUUGUCAACGACAGUAAACAGCAUUGCUUUAAAUCUGUGACUGUCUUCCAAUAAACACUCAAUCAACUACGAAAUCAUCACCUCAAUGUUAUCCCUAUGAUACGAUUGUCGAAUUCUUAUUCUCUUAUCAUUGGAUUAAAUUGACGUGAAAUCUAGCAGCAACAACGAGGCGAACGAAAAAUAUUCUCCAAAUUGUUACAACAAAAUCAAAAUGAAAAUGCUUCCGGUACAGUUAUCACUGAAUCCGCCUUUAGGCUUAUGGAGCGAUAUGUUGUGGCGCUGUCCUCCAGCACAGCCCAGCCAAUUGGCCGAGCUUAAAACACAAUUGCCACCAUCACUACCGUCAGAUCCACGCCUGUGGAGUCGCGAAGAUGUGGCCGUAUUCUUGCAUUUCUGCGAACGUGAGUUCGAUUUGCCCAAAGUCGAUUAUGAUCUCUUCCAAAUGAAUGGCAAGGCAUUGUGCCUGCUGACACGAGCUGAUUUCGGACAUCGGUGUCCGGGAGCUGGCGAUGUCUUGCAUAAUGUCCUACAAAUGCUGGUGAUCGAAUCGCAUAUGAUGCAGUGGCAUUUACCAAAUAGUCCUGUCACACCAACCAGCCGUUACCCCCUUUCGCCCCACAGCCAUCCACCUACCCCGACUUGGCCGCCAAUAGGGGCGCCAGAAAGUGCCUUUCAUCAGACCUCUCAUUUAGCUCCACAUCAUUUCAUGGCACCCAAUUCGGUGACCCUCAGUCCCCCGCCUUCCGUAGAUUCGCAAGCCAGUAGCCCGCCCCAAAGCCAUGAUCAAUCACAACCACAACAGAAUGGAACAUCAAAUUCACCCUCUUCCUCUUCCUCGUCGUCGUCUUCAUCAUCGUCGUCGGCACACAAUGGGAACAGCAGUAGUAGCAGUAGCACAAGUAGCACGGGUAGCACUUCAUCAGCUUCUGCAACAGCUACAGCAGCUGCGGCGGCAGCAGCAGCAGCGGCGUUGAGCGCCAACAAUGCUUUCAGUGCCUUAAAGCAUCAGCACCAGCAACAACAACAGCAGCAGCAGCAACAUCAUAAUGCCACCAGUGCCAGUAGUCAUCAUUCGGAUUCAGAUGAAGAAAGCUAUUCUGAACCACCUGCAGCCAACAGUACAAUUGUGAACUUCUCCGCCCAAUCGUAUCAAGCGGCAGCCGCUGCUGCCGCAGCCGUGGCCCAGUAUAACAACAGUCCGCCCACAACGCCCAUACUCAAGGAUAUGCCACAAAGCCUGAAGCAACAGAUCAAGAACACCUUUGUCAAUUCGUGGUCUCAGCAGCAACAACAACAACAGCAGCAACAACAUUUGAAUUUGGAACAGCAAAAGUUACCCAAUCUGGGCGGUGGUUCGGUAUCAGCUCCCACCACGCCUAGCUACAUGCAACCAGUGAAAAGGGAGUUCUUCCCCGACAAAACUGACAAUCGUUAUAUGCAACCAGUAAAACGUGAAUUUUUCCCAGAAAAUACAGAACCCAAUACAAAUGGUCGCUUGCUGUGGGACUUCUUGCAACAGUUGCUCAACGACCGCAACCAGAAAUACAGUGACUUGAUUGCCUGGAAGUGUCGUGAUACUGGCGUCUUUAAAAUUGUGGAUCCUGCUGGUUUGGCCAAAUUGUGGGGCAUUCAAAAGAACCAUUUGUCCAUGAAUUAUGACAAGAUGUCACGUGCCUUGCGUUACUAUUACCGCGUCAACAUUUUGCGCAAAGUCCAAGGUGAACGUCAUUGCUAUCAGUUCUUGAGAAAUCCCACGGAACUGAAAAACAUUAAAAAUAUUUCCCUGCUACGACAAUCUGUGGGCCAGACCAAUGGCACAAAUGGCAGUCCUGGGGCUACUAAUUCCAAUGGUAGCAACUCUAAUGUCAAUCAAUCACCAUCAUCAAUUACAAACUCACCAACCUCCAACGGUACCAACUGGGCUAUGCCAACGCAAACUCCAGCCAGCCAAAUGCAGACUCCACAGAGGCCCUCAUCACAAGGCAAUCCCAAUCACUUGACUUUGCCCAAUAGCAUAUCAUCGGCUGCCGCUGCCGUGGCAGCAGCUGCUGCUGCCGCCUAUGGCCCACCACCAUCAUCACCGCUGUUCAUGCAUGCCAUUAAUGGAGCUUUCCACUAUCUGUCCUCCAACGGUGUGCCACCGAAUUCCCCAGCCGCUCUGCCCACAACACCCAAUGACAAAUUUCAGUUCAAUAUCAUGAAAAACGAACAAAAUUCAGUAACAUCGCACGAGACAUCCGGUGCAGCAUCCGAUGAAAUGAAACCCACAGAUUUGAGUGUUAGCGGCAGUAGUAGUGUCGAGAAGAGACCCUAUUCCAGUCCAUCGGCUAAUGACGAUUGCUAUCCAUUGAUACGAAAUGCUGAUGGCUUGACCACAAUUAAAUUAAUACGUUACAAUGAAAGCGAAGGUGGAGCUGGAACUCAACAGCAAAAUUCAAGCCUGAAUGACAGUAACGACAACCAACAGCAGCAACAGCGCAAUACACCAACGCCCAUGGACAGUGAAUCCAGUGAAAUGGAAUCCAGUCCCAGCCAUGACAGCAUGGGCGCCACAGAUUUGAGAAAGUAAUUUCCUUACAUCCCCCAUAGAAAACAAAGCGGAAAGGAAAUACGCAUUAAAGAAGAAUAUGUUCAAAAAAACACCACGACAAUCAUUUUAGGACUGGAAUAUUUCCAAGAUUACAGAUUGACACAAACGAUGUACAUUUUCCAUAGGUAACUCAGAACGACGUUUGUGUACUGUAGCUGCUGUUACUGUACUCUGAAAUAUAUACCUCGAUUGAUUGUUGUGAUUAGGAAAACAAAAGCCACAAACAAAGAUUGGUCUUCGUUUCUUUCUGUGUAAAUUUUCCAAAAAAUAAGAAAAGAACAACAAGAAAUGUUUAUACUCUGUAUUUAAUUUUGUUAAAUUGUUAGGAAAUUACGAAAUGUGCCAAUUUAGAAGUUUAUCUUUUCUUAUUCUAAUGUACAGUUUAUUACAAAAAUAGGUAUUUUUAAUUAGAGGAGUAGAAGAAUAUAGGACUCCUAAAUGAAUUCUUAUUAAAAACACAGAUGAAUUGAUGAUUUUCCCCCUAAAACUAUAUAAGCUAUGCUAAUAAUAGAACCAUGUCCCCUCCUAUUGUUAACGAUGGUUUCGUAAUACCUCCAAUCGACCCCCACACCCUCUUCCCUAAUGAUGACCCCCUAUGAAGAAUAAGAACAAAAAUUGUUACUUGUUAUAUACAUGCAUACAUACAUACAUAUUGAAAUCAAUCAAUUUAUAAAGAAAAAUAACUGUAUUUAUUAGAAACAAAGCUUUUUUUUCACCCUGGAACAGCUUUAACCAAUUUGAAAUUUGUCUAAGAAAAAAAUAUAAAUAAUUAUAAAAAUACAAUACAAGAAAUAAUAAUUGCAAACAAAAUGUGAUAGCAAAAAAUUAUAAAGAAAUGAUUAACAAAAUGGAGAGUAUAUACCACACGAGAAAAAAAAUAGAAUUCUUUAUUCAAAGUACACAUAUCCUUUUUUGUAUUAACAUUAACAACAAAUUCUGUUCAAUGAAUUCGCUUAUUGAUUGUUCUUUCAUUUAAUUUGUCUUUACUCCUUAAAAUCCCAUUUAAAACUGGAUUUUGCUUUCCUAAGCCUAGCUUGGGAAAAUCCAGUCAUCGGAAACAAACUGAAUCAAUUGUCUUCGUUUUACAAUCAUUUCGCAUUGUUUAAAAAAUAAAACAAAUGAAAAACUCUUCCCCCCUUGGCUUCCAUUAAGAGUAAUUUCUGUUUUUUAUACACAUAUACAUACUUAUAUAUUAAAUAUUUUUUAAAUAAGAACUUUAGCAGAAAAGGAAAAUCUGAUAUAAAAUUGCUUUAAUAUUUUCAGUAAUUUAAUGAUUUUUUUUAUUAAAAUAAAAAGAAAAUCAAAUCGUAUUUAUCUUAACAUUUUAUGUAGUUUUUAAACAAUAUUUUUUAUGAUUUUUCAUUGUUUUCUCUUUUUUAUUUUUAUUUUUUUCUAUAAAAAUAAGUUUAGUAAUAGCCAACACCAUUGUAAAUAUCUGAAACAAGAAAAAAAAAAAACAAAACGAAUUACAAUAAAUACAAAUGUUUUAUUAAAACCCUAAACCAUAAGAUCAAACAAAAAUA